AUGGCGCUCCGUGCGCUCAGCACCCUUCUGCUGGUGGGGAUGCCCCUGGCGAAAGGCUUGACCUUCUCGCACAGCCAGGGCGGUGACACCGCCACGUGGGAGCUCCACAUGCAUGACGGUGAACUACAUGUUAAGGCAGAUUGCCCGGCCAACAGGUGGUGCAGCCUUGGCUUCAACAAAGACAAGCCCAAGAUGGAUGGCACAGAUGUCUUCACUUUCGGCCACCAUCCUGGCGUAGAUCUCUCGGACUGCCACCAGACCUGUGGCUGUGGCAGCACAGCCUGUGGCUGCGGCUCUAGCUGCGGCACAUCUUGUGGUUGUGGCUGUGGCUGCGGCGCAUCCUCUGCCACCUGUGGUCGCAAGCUCCGGAGCCGUAAUACGGCCUCCCCAACUCCGUCCCCGUUCCUUCCCUAUGAGCGCGAGCUGAAGGUCUGGCUGCCGGCUCCCCCCACCCUGCGUGCAGUCGGCGCGCCCCAGAGCCCGAAGGCCCUGGGCGGUGUGGUAGGCAUUGCCUUGAACUCCGUGCUCUUCGUCCACGAGCACCCCGGCGAGGGCAUGACUUGGGUUAUCGACAACUGCGGUGGUCACGGCGACACUUUCGGGCACUACCACUACCAUGCUCCUCCCAUUUGUCUCCUUCGUUCUCUAGGCGUCCCGGUCCCCAAACAGGGUGCAUGGUGGAAAUCGGGCGGAGCGGAGCACUGGGCAUCUCAUGGCCCGGAAGUGCAGAUCGGCUGGGCCCUGGAUGGCGCGCCCAUCAUGGCACCUUUCAAGGCCGGGGUGCAGGUGAAGAAGGAGAUGCUGGACGAAUGUCACGGUGCCGUCGACCCUGUCACCGGAGAGUAUAAGUACUACACGGUCUUGGCCCCUCCUUUCAUGCCACCUUGCCUUCGUGGUGAAGUUCUGGGCGAGGUCCAGGGCUACCGGAGCUCCAAGAAAGGAGUGCCCUGCGAAGAGUCCCAGCGCCUGAUGGAAGAGCCUCUGGCCUCGCAGCUCGAGCCGUCGGGCGGACGCUGGCUUAGUGGCAUCGGAUGCCCCAGGCAUGCGAUCUUCGAGGAUGUGAAGACCGGGAGCCCCAAGGGAUGGAAGGCAAGUAUGGCACCUGCCCCAGCGGUGGCGCCUGUGGUGCCUGCGGCGCCUGCGGUGCCUGCGGUGCGUGCGGCGGCACGUUCCCAUGCUAUUGCGGUGCUGCCUGCGGAGCUUGCGGAGCAUGCGGCGCCACAGCUUGCGGAGCUUGUGGAGCAUGCGGUGCCACCGCUUGUGGUGCUUGCGGAGCUUGCGGAGCCACAGCAUGCGGAGCUUGUGGAGCAUGCGGUGCCACCGCUUGUGGAGCGUGUGGAGCCACUGCAUGCGGUGCUUGCGGAGCUUGCGGUGCCACAGCUUGUGGCGCUUGCGGAGCUUGCGGAGCCACAGCCUGCGGUGCUUGCGGUGCCACAGCCUGCGGUGCUUGCGGAGCGUGCGGAGCCACAGCCUGCGGUGCCUGUGGAGCGUGCGGCGCUACUGCAUGUGGCGCUUGCGGAGCUUGCGGAGCCACAGCCUGCGGUGCUUGUGGAGCAUGCGGCGCCACAGCUUGUGGCGCUUGUGGAGCAUGCGGUGCCACCGCUUGCGGAGCGUGCGGAGCCACAGCCUGCGGUGCCUGUGGAGCGUGCGGCGCUACUGCAUGCGGCGCUUGCGGAGCUUGCGGAGCCACAGCCUGCGGUGCUUGCGGGGCCACAGCCUGCGGUGCUUGCGGAGCGACCGCUUGCGGAGCUUGUGGAGCAUGCGGCACUGCUUGCGGUGAUGUUCUGCGCCAUGAAUCUCACGGUGAUGAACGGUGCCACGCCUGUGAGCAUUUCCCAAUGUAACCUGCCUGGCUAUUCGAUCGUCAUCGAUUCAAAGCAGGAUCUGACGGAGGUGUCUUACGACAUCUCGGGAGGUCGCAUGAAGGCUGAUUUCCAUCGCAAGCUGAACACAGGCGAUUGCACUGACUUGGUUCUGACCGCAGACACUCCGCUCUACAUCAUCAUGGCCAUGGGUGCCAAGGACAACCUGAACGUGGUGGCGCAUGGCUUCUCAGAGACACACAACGUUGUCUGCAUGGGCACGAUGAUGGAGACGAUCGAGUGCAAGCCCCCGAGCGAAUGGGCGGAUCAGCCACCCACUCUGCCCGAAAGCGCAACUUCCUCCGCGGCCUCCAUUGGCUUGGGAUUGGCGGGUGCAAAAGCAUGUGUCAACCUGGCGGUGAAAGCAGGCGGCGAGAGGAUGCGCCGUAAGCUCGGGGAGCUGUUGGCCGUGCCGGAGCCUGCUGUGGGAGGUCACGGCCUGGAGAUCCUGUGGUGUGGGCCCAGGCGUUGCCGCUUCGCCUCAUUCCUGGAAGCACCUCUCAUUAAGGGGUCCUUCUAUGCCGGCAAUGCGUGUGCUCAAGACCCGAGCCACUGCGUCAUGUUGCGAGGCGGCUUCCAGUCCCUGGGCCACGACUUCUGCAAGGACUCGGGGCAGCCGGACUGGUGCAAGAAGGAGAGCCCCUCGGAGCCGCAGUGCCUCUGCCCUGGGAGGACGAAGCUCUACUUGGCCUCUUGGCAGCGGGAGGAGAAGAAUCCGCAGGAGGCCGAGAAGUUCGACCAGUCCGGGAGUGGCUGUAGCGCCUCAAAGGAAGCUGCGGGCAUUUCCCGCGCCAAGAUGCGAGAGCAUGCCCCCUUGCCACCAUGCACUUGGUAUGCGACAGAACCCGGCUACUUGCAACUGGGGAGCGUGUUUGAGUACCGCGACAGAAACUCCAACCGCGAUGGAGUCGUCUCCAACGCGCUGGAGGACGAUUGCGACGGGAGGAUCUUGCAGCCUUACCUAGAAGCAGUCAACGGCUUAAACGGUGGGAAAGGCUUUGUGAUUCAUUCAGCUGGCUUGGAGAUUGCUCAAUCAACGCCUUAUGAGAAAUACGAUUACCAACUGGCCUAUACACGAUACGGCUUUUGA